AUGGUGAUUCCUACUAAGUUGAGGAAACAAAUGUUAGCAGCGGCCCAUAAAGGUCAUCCAGGUAUAGUCAAUAUGAAAGCUAGGCUGCGCACAAAAGUAUGGUGGCCAAAAAUAGACAAAGACGCUGAAACUACCGUAAAAAGCUGCAGAGGGUGUACUUUAGUCUCGGCACCCAAUCCACCAGUAACUAUGAAAAGGCGUGAACUCCCUUCGAAAGCCUGGGUGGAUACAGCCGUUGAUUUUUUGGGUCCACUGCCAAGCGGAGAUCAUCUUUUAGUGAUUAUUGACUAUUACAGUCGAUAUAAAGACAUCGAAAUCAUGAAAUCUAUUUCAACACAAGACACAAUAAAAGUAUUGAAAAAAAUUUUUUCACGAGCCGGAAAUCCUGCUAGUAUAACAGCAGACAAUGGUAGACAAUUGUGUAGUCAGGAAUUCAAAACAUUCUGUACUGAUCAAGGGAUAACGCUUUUUAAUACGAUCCCUUACUGGCCUCAGCAAAAUGGGGAAGUAGAGAGGCAAAACAGGGAUAACCUUAAGCGACUGCAAAUCAGUCAGUGCGAAAAAUCUGACUGGAAAGAUGAUUUGUUAAAAUACCUAAUGAUGUAUAACAGUACUCCUCAUCCCUCCACAGGAAAGUCCCCAUCCGAUCUGUUCUAUGGAAGACAAUUCAGAGAAAAACUACCUUUUUUAACAGACCUCGAAAAUAGUUAUGAUGAUUAA